AUGUGUCCGCUGCAUAUGCCCGCGCUCAUCUUCCUCGUGUGCUUCGACAUGGUCUCCCUGAUGGCUGCAGACUCCUACGUCGUACCUGCCUGGAUUGGCACAUCAGGCUACUCUUUGCGUCCUCCAGACAUCGAAGACCCCAACUUUGAUGAAGCCCUCCUGGCCGAAAGCCCGGAGGACUUGGGAGGCGUGGGCAUCAGGCCGCCUUCGGGACCUUCCAAGAGAACCAACGGGGCCAAAGUGGAAGGACUCGCACUGCUGAAGGAGGACCUUCACUGGCUUUCACGUUUACUUCUGGCUGCUUUGUCCUGGCUGCUGAAGGGUGUGAAGGUAAUCCAUGCAGACAUUUUGGCGUGGGCAACUGCCUUCGUCAGCUUCAGAUUGACGCGAGCCCUGUUGAAGGGGACAAACCAGGACCAGGCUGCGGAGAAGGCUGUGGAGCAAGUGGAAGUUGAGUCGGAGGCCGAGACGAGAAUGCUUGAAGAGGUGCCGAAAGCAGCAGAUGAGACGGCUGAAGAAUGGCAGAGGCUCGUGUCAAAGGCACAGAGGGAGGAGCGGGAUGCCUUCGGCUGCUCGCUGCUCCACCUAGCAGCACACCAUGGCCAGAUCCAAGCCACGAAGCAGCUUUUGGAAAUGGGCUUCGACCCAAACGCCACCGAGCAUUCCAAGGAGACUCCGCUUCACAUGGCGGCACGCGCAGGGUGCGUGGGAAGCACGCAACUGUUGCUGGCCUUUCGAGCCGAGCCUGAAGCUCGCAACUGCUUUGGCAAGACGGCUCUUGCCGUGGCGACGCACUCCAACCACGCCGAUGCAGCAGGUGUAUUGCGGGCAGCAGCAAAGCAGUUCUGA